GCCUAGAUUUCUGUGUAUUAUUUGUGAAGUAACGCAUUUUUUCAGCUUGGCAUGUUCCUUCUCUCAAACGUUUUUCCAAAAUUUUUCAAAAAUGUCCUAUUUUCAAAUAUGUAUUUACAUGCACCUCAAAAUACUUUGCUAUGUGGACUAAAAAAUGUGUCUUUUGCACGAUCAUUUGGCGAAAAGCCCGAGUGUAACGGCAAGGGAAAGCCGCUGAAGAAGUUGAGCCUGAAGAACAUUGAUGUAGCUGGAAAAAGAGUAUUUAUGAGGGUGGACUUCAAUGUGCCAAUGAAAGAUGGAAAAAUCACCAACAAUCAACGUAUUGUGGCCGCUUUACCCAGUAUCAAAUAUAUUCUAGAUAACAAAUGUAAAUCCCUGGUUCUUGCCUCACAUUUGGGUCGCCCAGAUGGCCAAAAGGACAAGAAAUUUAGCCUAGAACCUGUGGCCAGGGAGCUGGAGAAGGUGCUGGACAAGCCAGUAAAAUUCCUGGACGACUGUGUGGGGGACCACGCGCUGGAAGCUCUAAAGGAUCCUACCGAGGGCAGUGUUUUACUCCUGGAGAACCUACGCUUCCAUGCCGAGGAGACGGGCAGCAGCAAGGACGCGGACAAGAAGAAGGUAAAAGCUGAUCCGGAAAAGGUAAAGGUAUUCCGAGCCAAGUUGGCUCAGCUUGGGGAUAUCUAUGUGAACGAUGCCUUUGGGACUUCCCACCGGGCACAUAGUUCCAUAAUGGGCGAGGGUUACAAAGUGCGGGCUGCCGGUUUUCUGCUCGACAAGGAAUUGGAGUACUUCAGAAAAGUUCUCCACAACCCAGAGAAGCCCUUCCUGGCCAUUUUGGGCGGUGCCAAGAUAGCUGACAAAAUUCCCCUGAUCACCAAUCUCCUAGACAGCGUAUCCGUUAUGAUCAUAUGCGGAGGCAUGGCCUUCACCUUCCUGAAAGUCCUCACAAACAUGGAGAUUGGAAAGUCCCUCUUCGACGAUAAGGGCUCCAAAAUGGUUCACGAUAUGAUGUGCAAGGCGAAGGACAUGAAUGUGAAGAUUCUUCUGCCUAUUGACUUUGUCAUUGCCAACAAGAUUGAUAAGAAACCCGAUAAGAUCGACCAGGCCGAUGUCCAGCAGGGCAUACCCAAGGACAUGAUGGGUCUCGAUAUUGGCGAAGUCUCCAGGGCCCUUUUUUCCGGUGCUAUUUGUGCUUCCAAGACCAUUCUUUGGAAUGGACCACCGGGCGUAUUCGAAAAUGAACUAUUUUCAGAGGGCACCAAGGAUAUGCUGGCGGCUGUAAUCGGGGCCACCGAGUUGGGAGCCACAACAAUUGUGGGUGGCGGAGAUACGGCCACGGCAUGCAUUCUCUUCGGAGGAGCCGAUAAGGUCUCACACGUGUCCACAGGCGGUGGGGCAUCGCUCGAGCUGCUGGAGGGCAAGAUUCUACCAGGAGUGGCGGCCUUAACGGAUGCUUAAAUGGAAAAUAAAUUGAAUAAAUAAUUCAC